UCCCGUUUUGCGGGUUUUCUUCAGUCUUCUGAAGAGUCUUUGACGUCCUCUUUUGCCUCCUAUUCUUCUUCUUUCUUUCUGCUAACAAACACUAGAGAUAAACGAAGAAGUGAACGCACACACACAUACAUGCAAGUUGCACAAAUUAUUUGUGCUCACGGAGCAACAAUUUCAACGACUCGUGCCACACUUCAACGUGCUCCACAAUCGUUGCUCGCCACUUCGCCCGACGCAACGUCUGAUUCAGAUGACAAGAUUGUGCGGAUCCUCGUCGAGGCGCUUCGUCGCAGUGACAUGAGCAUUAUCGUCUCCGAAUCUUUCGAUCAGUGGGCCCGAUUGGCCGUUGAGGCCAAACGUCUUGGGCUCAUUUCAUUUGUGGAGGCCGCCUGCCCGUCAACCAUUAGCAUCUCUUGUCAUGCGGCUCUCUCAACCGGACGUAUCAAUCCAGAAGUCACGUUUCGAAAGGUUCUACGAAUCGUCGUAUCCGGAAAAGUAAUCAUGUGCCGAGCAGUGUUCGGCGAUUCGUUGAACGAGUGUAGAGACGGAGGAGGCACGGAUUUCGAGAUGGAUCGCUACACUUCUAGAUUCUUCCUAAAACACAGCAACUUAGAGAAAGCGUUCGACCAACUCGCGUCUUCCGGCUACCGACUUAUUCAUUCCAACACAUUUGCGCCGUCCGAGAUGCCAAAACAUGCGGCGAAAGAUGACUCGCAAUUUAUUCAUCAUUCUCAAUUUGUUUUCCAUCGACAGCCAAAGCUUUGCCCUCCAUCGGACACUGGUAGCAACUAGCAACGUGGACUUUUAUUGCAUUUUUCAAAUAAAUUGUUUUUUUUUGUAAUUUUUCAAUUUUGACAGGAGAUUCGACGAUAAAUAAAUACAUCACACAUU